AGACGACCUCCGAUUCAUUUUGAAGAAAGAGAAAUAAAUAAUCUAAUACGUGCAUCGGACUAUAACAGUUUUAUAAUAACAAUCAAAUUUUAUGGUGUUGUAAGUGCGUUGGCUUCGGUAGUUUCAUGCAGAUAUUGUGAGCAAAUUGUGGUUAUAAUAAAAUGAAAUAAAAUCGCCGAAGAAAUGCAGUCGUUGAAAUGUUGGAUUCGAGAUAAAAUCUCGACCCUAUUCGCUCGAGGAGAAGACUUCAUCACGUUUACAGUAAGCACGGAGAUAUCGCGAAUGAAACAUCGACCGAGCUAAUUUAUGUGUCCUUUCAAAAUGCUUACUCGAAUGGUUUAUGGAGUUACACUAUUUUAUUUUAUGUUCGCUUUGUGGCAUGCAACAACAAAUCUAACCGACUUUUUGAAGGGCCCGCUUCGCUUUUUAACAAUGUGGAAUAUGCUACUACAAACAGCAUUUAUCGCGAUAUGUCUACUGAACAGCUUCAUCGGAAGUAACGAAAUCAACCCCAAAUCGAAACCUCCCAUUCGCAAACUUCGCGAUACUAUUAUGGCUGGAAUAGCGUUUCCAAUGGCACUGUUCGUUAGUCUAAUGUUCUGGGGCAUUUACGCGAUAGACAGAGAACUUAUUUUUCCGCGGGCGCUGGAAUCGCAGCAUUCAUCAUGGUUAAACCAUGCGGUGCAUACCAGUCCCAUGGUCUUCGUGAUAGUACAAAUGUAUGCAUCGUACCACGCGUAUCCUUCACGGAAAACUGGGGUCACUAUGACUGCAGUCUUUCUCGGCACUUAUAUAGGGUGGUUACAUGUUGUUCGUGCGCGUACCGGCGUAUGGGUAUACCCCUUCUUGGAAAUGUUGGGCUUCCCCCAACGCCUGCUAUUUUUUACGUUCUCAAUGGGACUAGGAAUUUUGCUGAACCUACUCGGCGAGCAAUUGAAUAACGGCAUAUGGAGAAGCGCGGUUAAAAAAAGAAAACAAAAAGCUUAAAUUCGUUUCGAGCAAAAUCUAUUAACGUUUAGUCACUUUUGUUGCAAAACUACAAACGAAGGAGGUUUCAAAACCCCCCGUACUUACCUCCGUUUAAUUUGUAAUGAAUAUUAUCAAAUACAUUUUGCAAAUAAAGUGAAAGGUCAAGUACUUAAAUCACAUUUUUUGGAAAGGUAAAACAUACUAGCGGAUUGAUUUGAUUUAGCGAAAAUCACGUCAACAUGUUUAAUAGGGGCAUCCCGGCUUCAUUCUUUAUUUCUGAUCUACAAAGUACAAUAAAAAUAAAAAGAUCCGUGUGUCUUCAAUUUUUAUUUA